GAAUCGCGUUAUAAACACAAACAAGUCGAGUGUCGACUGCGAGUGUCCAGCCCGUUUUGAACAACACGCCCAAAAACCAAAAACGAUUCUUCGACGUUAGAUAAUUUUCAAAAAUAAAAAGUAAAAAUUUUUCAAGAAUAUGACUCUCUUAAAAACAUUUUGGACGCCAAUCGUCGUUUAUCCUGACGUCAAAACAGGAUGCAAAUUCGUCGCUGCCUAUACCAUUGCGAUUUCCAUUUUCUUGAUGGCGUUAAUUGUUCAUAUGCAAAAUGGAGGCGAAACAACUCAAAUGUACAAUCCUUUUUUUGAAACAAAUUUAAGUGAACUAAAUACCUACGUGGUGUUCACUCUACUGUUCUUCGCCUACAUGAUCGGUUCUGCGCUGUUGUUGCUCAGAGGUCUCAAGAGCAAUCUACGAGGGUACUUGUUACCGUGGUUAAUCGGUAUGGGAUUCGUCGUUAUAUUCCUGUUGCUGUGGUCCAUUUGGCUUUUAUACGGAUAUUACAUUUACAUUCAUAUGAUUUGUGCCGCAGUUAUUUAUUGGAUCGUAGCUGCCACACAAUUUUACUGUUGGCUGUGUGUCUACACCCAAUACAGAGUUAUCUAUGAGAUGCAAUCGCCGAAUAUCGAACUCCUUAUUUUUUAAAAACAAUAACAAAACGACCGUUAUUUCUAGACAAAUUAUGUUUUUUUACGCACGCUACUCUGUUUUUUUUUUUAUUUCCUGGUAGUUGUAUUUUCUUAAUUUUAAUUUUUUUUUUUUAACGUCCCAAGACGUUGAUUUAUUUUCUGUUCGAUAAACCGUUUUUUAUCAAGACUGCCAUUACCUGUAAGCACGUGAACUAAUUAUUUUUUUAUCUAAGUUAAUAGAUUUAAUUCCGUCCAUUUUAAUUAAUGAAUCAGUAUUAAACGCGCAUUACUAGCGCUCGUAGACGAAUUAUAAUAAUUUGUAUUUAUUGUAAACCUAAUUAUGUAAACUUUUUUAUUAAGGAUAAGAUUCCUCAUAUUAUGUGUAUUGUAAUGAAUAUAUAUUUAUUUUUAUAUUAUUAUAAUUAUUUUUUAAAAACAAUUUUUUAGCCAUAUUUAAAUUUACGUGACGCCUUAGUUUAAGACAAAAAGUAUCAAAAUGUUUGAUUCGACUGUGUUAUUAUCGGAUUGUCGACGUAACGAUAGACUCGGAAUUAUUAUUUUAUUUUUGUGAAUUAUCACUAAAAAAAAUUACCAUUUUGGGUGUUAUAUAUAUUAUUUAUGGUUUUUUUUUAUACAUAUAUAUCACUUAAAUAAAGUAAUAAGAUCGAGCGAUUAACAAUUAAUAAAACGACGUAACGCUACACAUUUUGUCAAUGUGAA